GCUGCCCCAGCUCUGUCCCUGUUCUAAUCAGGCAUACAAGCUUCGCGCCUGCUUAGUUGAUCGACUGUCCGCUAACUUGAUAUUCUGCCAGGGUUGGACGACCUUUGCGUCCGUUUCAUCAUCCACCUCCCGAGAGAGGACCUCUCGUCCGUCGCGCGCAUCUGCUUCCAAGUUGAAGAAGCGCAAUGGUUCUACGAAGACUUCAUCCGACCGCUAGAUCCGACCUUGCCGUCCAUGAACCUCCGAAGCUUCUGCCUACGCAUCUUCCAGCACUGUCCGCUUCUGGCCUCGUUCUCGGUCGAGAACCACAUGCGCGCCUUCGAAGAGUUCCUGCAGUACAAGACCCGGGUCCCGGUGCGAGGUGCCAUCCUGCUCAAUGAGGCCAUGGACUCGACAGUGCUCGUCAAGGGCUGGAAGAAGGCUGCCAACUGGAGCUUCCCGAGGGGCAAGAUCAACAAGGACGAAGACGACUUGGACUGCGCCAUCCGCGAGGUGUACGAGGAAACCGGCUUUGACAUCAGGCAGGCCGGCCUGGUGCCCAAGGAUGAGGACGUCAAGUACAUUCAGAUCUCGAUGAGGGAGCAGCAGAUCCGCCUCUACAUAUUCCGCAACGUUCCCAUGGACACCGUCUUCGAGCCGAAGACGCGGAAAGAGAUCAGCAAGGUCGCGUGGUACAAGUUGUCAGAGCUGCCCGCAUUUCGGAAGAAGGGCAAUUCCCAAGACAACGACGCUGCUGCCGCGGCGUCAUCAAGCGCGAGUAAGUUCUACAUGGUCGCGCCCUUCUUGGUGCCCCUGAAGAAGUGGGUCGUCCAGCAGAAAAAGAAGGACGCCGCCCGGGCGGCUGCGAAUCACUCGCACCUGGCUGCUCAACCACCCGCCGAAGAGCCUCUCACCGAGGAUGACAUCGGCGCCCAGACCGAGCCGGUUCCUGGCCCUCCGAUCGGCCCGCCAGCGAUAGAAACGUUGGAGGGUGCUACGCGCGAACUUCAGCGUCUUCUCAAGGUCCAGCCACCCACCCAGGGCUUACAGAUCACCCGGCCCGCCGUUUCAACCGAAAAUAAGGGAGAGGCUUUGAUGGCGCUUCUGCGGCGGAGCGCUGGCGCACCCGCGGAAUCGGGUUCUCGGCAGACGUCCCAGCUCGAUGCUCCAGCUCCGGACGCGCAGUUUGAUAUGCCUCACUCUUCGUAUCACCAGCAGUCGGCGGAUCGGCCGCCUUUCCCUUACUACCAACCCACGACCAACUUUCCCAUCAUGUCCAAUCCAACCCUCAACAACGAGGUGCCUGGAUACGCCCAGUCAAGCCGGGCCCCUGCGCAGGUGCCGCCUCCGGUCUACAGCCACCAUCAAUUCGUUAACGCGGGACAGCACCACCGAAAUGAGCCCGUACUCGUGCAUCCCCAGCCGCUGCCUCCCCAGGUUCAGCAGUCCCUCCUCACUCGAGGCAUCCUCCCCACGCCCGGUCUUCCGGAUGCCGCUGGUCAGGGCGGCCCGCAACCUCAGCAGGGAGAUCAAAACCUGCCCGCUACUCAGAGGCAUGACGCAUAUGCACCACAGCACCAACCCGCAAAGCCGGCUCAGCUAUCGGGACACGCAAUGGCUCUUCUGAACGCCUUCAAGAGCGGGCCUCGAGACAGCGCGGAAAGCAAGCCGCGAGACAGUAUCACACAGAAUGACGCGCCUCUGCAGGCCAACAACCAGCACCGUUAUCAGUGGGCCACCAGGGCGGAUGUGCCGGCCUCCCAAGCAUCGAAUCCUGCAGCGCAGUACUUGCCACAGUACAUGGUGCCUGCUGCGCCGAUGAAAACAUCACCCCGUACGGUGCGACCUGUAAAGAACCAGCCCGGGCCCAAGCCGGUGCACCCCGAUGUGCAUUCUGACCCUCACCGGUCUGCGCUGUUGGACAUGUUCAAGAGAGCUGGCCCUAAAUCUCCGCUGAGCAACGAAUUCAGGUUACGGUCUGAGGGGACGCAGGAAGCGGCUGCCUCUACAAGGAUAGAGGAGCCCAGAAGCUCACCGCUGAAGGCGACUCCUGCCACGGAGACAAUCACGCCGGCAUCCGGGGCUAAUGGCGCACCCGUGAUGAUGAACUCCGAAGCCAGUCUGCCAUACCGGCCUAUGCAGAUUCUAAGCCGGCCGAAGCAGGCAGAAUCAGGAGAGCCUCUGAAUUACUCGAACACGCAGGCGCAAAUGCAGCACCUGCAACAACGAAUAAGCCCGCGUGGCUGGACCACACAGGACGCCAGGAAGGCGGGCCUUCAGGGUUUGCCGUCGCCUCGAGAUCGUGUCGUCUCACAGCCGACGGAACAGGAGGCCAAGAGGUCUCCUCGACCCAACUACGCCGCCGCACAAGCAGCCAGCCUGCCAUACACACAGCAGUCUCCGUCCAGCAUGCACGCCGCCCCAUCUUUCUACCAGGCGCAGCAGCCGCUGACCAGCGUGCUCCAGCGGCGGAAGGACUCGAAUCCCGAGCAGAAGCAGAAGCUGCUGUCGCUGUUUAGUGUCGGCCAGCAGCAGCAGCAGCAGCCGUCGCCGGCCGAGGACAAGGGGAAGGGCAAGGAGCCGGCCGCCUUCGACCAGCCGCAGUCGUUGGGCGGCGCGCCGCGGUCGCGCGUGGCGUCCCUCGCUUCGGCGAGCGGCACCGAGCCGGCCGCCGUCGGCAGCGCCUCGAAUUCUCGGCGCGGUAGCGCGACGCCGAUCUCGCCUGCCGACCGCAGCUUCCUUUUCUCGUACCUCCAGUCAAUGACGGAUCCGAAACGGUAGACAUUUCCGGCGUUGAGUGGGGUUCGGUCGAAUUGGGGCCUGGCUUUGGUGCAUCCGGUGUCUUGGGCGUCCCGAUUUGUGUUACAUGGGCUGGUUGGGUGUGUGCUAUUGGGGGUUUGGACCGGAGACGGCUUGGGUUCCCAGGGCUACUUACUACCUACUGGAGUCGGGAAGGAUUAGACGUCCCUUCACUAGGUAGCUUGC